AUGCCGUCUGCCGCGUGUGCAGCAGGACCGGCAAUGUCCCUCUCGUCGCUAUCUGCGCGGCUCACCGCGUCCGUCGCAGCCGCUCCGGCCAUCCGUUGCCUCUCGGUUUCCCUUCCAUGCUGUCCGUCUUCGGCGCGCUCGGCCCACCUUCCGCGCGUUGACGCCCGCACAACUGCCACGCCCUGCAGCUUGUCGAGUUCCGCUGCGAGAGCCCAGCGCCCCCAUGGGGGGAGAGCUCGCGCGCACGCGGUGUCAGUGGCGGAGGCGCAGACGGCGGAAGGCUUGGCGCGCAGUGAGGGGGAGUUUGAGGCGGUGAUCAACAUGGAAAUGCACGUGCAGCUGAACACGGCGACCAAGCAAAUCAUGAAGCGAUCCAUGUCAUUCAUGAAGCGAUCCACGUCAGACGGCGCGGCGACCUUCCGCGUCAGCAAACGUAGAGCCGUCACGACCAGCGCCGCGGGGGAGGCGGCAGGGGAGACCGCGGGGGCGCCGGGCGCGCGAAGCAAGGGGGAUGCAGGGCGGGGCAGGCCGUGGAUGCUGGUGGGGCUGAGCAAUCCGGGGAUGAAAUACGAGGGCAUGCGACACAAUGUGGGCUUCGAGGUGAUAGAUGCUGUAGCCAGGGCGGAGGGUAUAAGCCUGAGUGCCAUGCAGAGGAAAGCGGUGGUGGGCAAGGGGCGCAUUGCUGCGUGCCCUAUGCUGCUGGUGAAGCCGCAGACGUUCAUGAACCUCAGUGGGGAGAGCAUCUACAAUGACAUGGACCUGGACAUAGCUUCCAUGAAGCUUCUUGCCAAAGGGGGACAUGGGGGACACAACGGCAUGAAGAGCAUAAUGCAGCACUUUCAGGGCUCUAGAAACUUUCCACGUCUGAGAUUCGUGCAUGCAGGCAUCCGGAGGUCGCCAGGACGGAUGGAGGCCAAGCCAAGGUGCAUCGGGAGGCCCCCAGGACGCAUGGAGGCCAAGGUGUGUGCUGCCACAGUUGUCAGCAUUGGGAGGCCACCAGGACGCAUGGAGGCCAAGGUGUAUGUGCUGCAGAAGUUUUCAGAUAGGGAGAGAGAAGAGGUGGAUGUGGCUAUAGUGAGGGCGGUUGAUGCAGUCCGGUUGGUGGCAGCAGAGGGAAUGGAUAAGGCUGUCAGCACGUGGAAUCUGCCGCGCCGGUCGUCCGCCAACACCAAGGCCUAG